AUGAUUAGAAUUCAAAAUUUUAGCGUCUAUUUUGUCACUGGAAAAACACUUUGGAAAUUACCACAACAUUUUCAUAUGAGUAAAACAUCGAAAAAAAAUAAGGAUGAAACUUACCUAACUAUGGUUAGUUCUAUUAGCAACCAUGUUAAACCUCUCGCAAUUAAAACUAUCUUCAUUUUCUCUAUUCUUAAAGCCUUAAGACUUGUAGCCAAGUUAGAAGGAAAACCACAAUCACUUUCUAGUGGUCAUAAGAGUUUUUAA